CACCUCUUCAAUCUGAAGUUUGCGGCCAAAGAACUUCAUCGCAACGCCAAGAAAUGCGACAAGGAGGAGAAGACGGAGAAGGCCAAGAUCAAGAAGGCCAUUCAGAAGGGGAAUACGGAGAUCGCUCGCAUCCACGCGGAGAACGCCAUCCGGCAGAAGAAUCAGGGCAUAAACUUCCUGCGGAUGAGCGCCAGACCCGACGCGGUAGCGGCGAGAGUGCAGACAGCGGUGACCAUGGGCAAGGUCACCAAGUCGAUGGCCGGAGUGGUGAAAUCGAUGGACGCCACACUGAAGAGUAUGAACCUGGAGAAGAUCUCCGCAUUAAUGGACAAAUUUGAGCACCAAUUCGAGACCCUCGAUGUUCAGACCCAACAGAUGGAGGACUCCAUGAGCAACACGACAACACUGACUACCCCACAGGGUCAGGUGGACAAUCUAUUACAGGAGAUGGCGGAUGAAGCCGGACUCGACUUGAACAUGGAGCUUCCUCAGGGACAGACGGGCUCUGUAGGAACCAGUGUAGCAUCUACAGAACAGGUGAGACGUCUCAUCCUCAUAGACUUCAUAGAAAUGCGACACCCAAUCCCUUUCCUGGUGGUCAUCGUCCAGGACAACACAUAG